UUGACCUCCCAGCUGAUGAAAAUGGACACUCUUUCGGCGGCCUACGAUUCUGACGCCAGUAGUGGGGCUGAGGGAGAAGAGACGCCCCAACAGGAAGAUGAAGCGACUCCCAUCAACGUAGAGGAGUCCUCCAGCGUCCUCUCCAGACUGAAGGAAAAGUUCCCGCUCAACAGCGCGCCCGCCGUUCCUAUCCGCGAAAGUCCGGACGACCUGUUGCGAGUAGGUCCGGACACGAAGGAGGUCGCGUACAACCCGACGGUCGAGCAGCUCUAUGCACCUGAGGUGGGGCCGACUAAUCCGUUCAAAACUCGCCAGCAGUUGGCAAACAAGAACACGCUGUCUGGGUUUGUGGAGCCGGCCCAUUUCGACGCUUUUCAGUUUGAGAAUCAGAGAAGGACCUUCCAUUCGUAUGGAUAUGCACUGGACCCAACAGCCAUGGAAGCUGCUGCUACUGGGCCAGUGGGUGACCAGCUAAGAGCGGAAGAGAUGAAGGAGGUGAGUGUGUUCGAAGUAAAGAAAGUGAGAACGGGGGAGAAGAGGCGGAGGAAGGAUAAAGGAGAUCCAGCUGAUCUCGAUGGAUACAUGGGUCCCUGGAGGGAGUACGAAGAUGAGGUGAAGGUGUCAAAGCCAACGCCGGAGCAGAUGGUCAUUCUGGAUGAGCAGUUUGGAGAGAAGCUGAAGGCCAAGGAGAAGAAAGAGGACGAUACCAUCACCGAGUCGACCAUCUUACACGUUGAAAAUCCUUGCGACUAUCUCGGUCGCUCCUACCUCCACAUCCGACAAGAUUUGGACGUCGACCUUCGAACCGAGGAACCGCCACCAAAGUGCUUCUCUCCCAAGAAGUUGGUGCACACGUGGGUCGGCCACACGAAGGGGGUCGCGGCCAUACGACUGUUUCCUCACUCAGGCCACUUGGUACUGUCUGCCGGCAUGGACUCCAAGAUCAAGUUGUGGGAGGUGUAUGGAGAGAGGAGGCUCUUGAGAACCUUUGUCGGUCAUGCUAAGGCGGUGAGGGACAUCUGUUUCAGUUGCAAAGGGACUCGUUUCCUAAGCUGCAGCUACGAUCGCUACAUCAAACUAUGGGACACUGAGACCGGUGAGUGUCUGGCAAGGUUCACCAACAAGAAGACGCCUUACUGCGUGAGGUUCAAUCCCGACGAAGACAAACAGAACCUCUUUCUCGUGGGCUGUGCCGACAAGAAGAUCUACUGCUUCAACAUAGAUUCGGGGGAGAUAGUGCAGGAGUACGAUCGUCACCUCGGAGCCGUCAACACCAUCACGUUUGUAGAUGGGAACCGGAGAUUCGUCACCACGUCUGACGACAAGAGCCUCCGCGUCUGGGAAUGGGAUAUUCCAGUGGAUAUGAAGUAUGUGGCUGAGCCUCAUAUGCACUCCAUGCCGGCCGUGACACUCUCCCCUAAUGAGAAGUGGUUGGCGUGUCAGUCGAUGGACAACACCAUACUGGUGUACGGAGUCCACAACAACUUCAGACUCAACAGAAAAAAGAACUUCAAGGGGCACAUGGUGGCCGGCUAUGCCUGUUCUGCUGACUUCUCUCCAGAGGGAAGUCUGGUGGUAUCGGGUGAUGCAGAUGGGAAACUGACGGUAUGGGAAUGGAGAACCACUAGGAUCGUGACAAGGUUCAAGGCGCACGACUCUGUGUGUAUCAGUUGCCUAUGGUUACCGCACGAGACAUCAAAGGUCAUCAGUUGUGGCUGGGACGGGAAGAUACAUCUCUGGGACUAACUCACUAACUUCAAUCUUCCACAUACAUACAUACCUUGCUUACUUUAAGUCUUCUUUUUCCAAACGUGGAUUUUAUGCAGUAAUAAGUUUCAACUGGUACAUAACUGCAUUUUGUUGAUGGAUGACUUAUAGAUACUUCAUGGUAAGUUUUUUCAAAUUUCUCUCAAGCCUUCAUAUAAUAUUAUAAUUCACAAGUA